UUUCUAGCAAGCCUUCUGCAGCAAAGAGGACAUUGAAGGCUGUAAACAUGCGUGGGAUCUUUGUUAGUUGUGCACUGUCAGCACUGCUGUUGUCUGUAGCCUGGGCAAACCACCAAGAAGGCCACCACCACCACCACGGUGCUGAUGCCUCUCACAGCCAUGAAGGAGAGCUUAGCUGCCACAAGCUGUCGUCCCCCAAUGCCGACUUUGCCUUUGCCCUCUACAAAAGCCUAAAUGCCAAUGCUGCUGCUGGAAAGAACAUCUUCUUUUCUCCCCUGGGCAUCUCCACUGCCCUAUCCAUGCUGUCCACAGGGGCUGCUGGUGAGACCCACAGCCAGUUGUUCUCCAGCUUAGGCUACAGUGCUCACACCCAGGAACAGGUCAAUGAAGCAUACGAGCACCUUUUCCACAUGAUGGGACACAGUCAGGCAGAUCAGAAGCUGGAUGUGGGUAACGGCGUUGCCCUGCGCACUGGCUUUAAUCCUUUAGAGAAGUUCCUGAAGGAUAUCAAGCACUACUACUCCGGUGAGAUCUUCAACGUCGACUUUACCAAACCCGCUGAUUCUGCAGCUGAGAUCAACAGAUUCAUUGCCAGUAAAACCAACGAUAAGAUCAAAGAUAUGGUGAAGGACCUGGACCCCGAGAUGGCCAUGGUGUUGAUAAACUAUGUCUACUUCAGAGGACAGUGGGUUAAACCCUUCAAUGGUAACCUCACACAAAAGGCAGAAUUCACUGUGGACGAACAAACAAAGGUUCAGGUGGACAUGAUGAUGAGGACUGGUCGUUUCGACUUCUAUCAAGACGCUAACAACCACGCCACCGUCAUCAUGCUGCCAUACAAGGGCAACACCUCCAUGAUGAUCGUUCUGCCCGAUGAAGGUAAGAUGAAGGAGGUAGAGGCCUACAUCAACAAGGACAACAUCAAGAACUGGCAUGACUCAGUCUUCAGGAGUUCUGUAGCUCUGUUCAUGCCAAAGUUCUCCAUCUCUACUGAAGCCUCCCUGGACAGUACACUGAAAGCAAUGGGAAUAACCAACGCUUUUGGAGAAACCGCUGAUUUCUCUGGCAUAUCUUCUGAGGUCAAGCUCAAAGUCUCAAAGGUGUCCCACCAGGCCGUGCUGAGCGUGGAUGAAACAGGAACAGAGGCAGCUGCCGCCACCACCAUUGAGGUCAUGCCCAUGAGCAUGCCAGAAAUCAUUAAACUGGACAGACCAUUCCUGGCCUUUAUCCUGGAGCACUCGACCAAAAGCAUUCUCUUCAUGGGCAAGAUCAACGACCCCACAGCCAUGUAAAGAUGCUUGGGAACUACUGAUUGUUGUAUGUGUUACAUUUUUAUACUGUAGUAGGUUUUAGUAGCUACAGGACAAUAUUACCUCAGUGUCUGAAAGCCCUGUAGAAAUUCCACAAGAGCAUUGGGGGAUGAUGAAUUGUGAAUAGUUUGAUGAAUACGACAACAAAUCUAUCAUCAAGUAACAGAAACGUCAGCCUAUUAAUCUGCCUGCAGUCUGUCAGUGGGACACAUUUAUUACCAUCUGUCAUCUGAACCUGGCUAGGUGUAUAAAUGUCAAAGUACAUCAUUAUAUAUCGUAUCCAUCUGACUGUUAGAUAUGAUACAGGUCAUAAAAGCAUUAGUAGACGAAUCACCUGAAGCAUCUGCUUAUACAAUGAGCCAUCGUGUUACUUUGCUAUUUCUGUUUUAACAUGUUUAAGUGAAAUAAAGACUUGUUGUUAACAA